AUGUCUUCAAAUUCAAUCCUUGAUACCAAGAGUUGUAGAGCUCAAUGCUUUAAGAACCAUCAUAGAAGACAUAAUGAUAUCCAGACUUCACAGACCACGCCUGUUCCUGGACAAGUCAGUGUUGUUUUGAACACUGUCUCGAACGACACUAUCGACAGAGAACGUGCUGAUGCAAUCGAAGAUCAGAUCAUGGAUACACUCAACAGCGAAGAUAACGAUGAUCCAAUUAUGAAUAUCUUCAGUAAUGAUGACAAUGAUGAGUCUAUGUAUGAUGUGGAACUUGGCAACGAUAUGAAUAUCAUUGAAAACGAAACAUCUCCUUUGGUUUUUGACUUCAGUCAGCCUGCACCUACCCCUGACAAAGACGAUGCAAAGAACCUUGAGUUUCUCAAGAUCAUGAAGGAUUUUGGUAUCUCCCGCAAUGCCCAUGAAAUGAUAAGCAUGUACUCCCCAUCUUGGCAAAAGCUUUUGAAGCGUUUCUCGGGUGUUAAAGAGACAGUCCAUGAUAUCUGUCAGAGGGAAUGUAUGCUCUUUACCAGUCCAUCCCAGACUGAGUGCUCCAACUGUGGACAAAGCCGGUACAAAACAAGACGUGGAGAAACCGAGGGUGGUGAUCUGGUUGCUGCUGCCACGAUGAUACAGCUUCUAUUGGCGAGACAACUGGCUCUUGCAACUUUGCCCAGCACCAAUAUCCGUACGCUGGAAAGUUUCCAGAAUUUUUCCCAGGCCAGUGCAUCCAGCCGCAAAGGGUUAAACGGACAAUCCCCCCUGGCAACAUUGAAGGUAUUCUCUGGACCAUUGUUUUUUGCCCUCGAUGAGAUGCAUGGACUUUGCCAUGGAAUAAGCAAGCAGAUCUGGGGUUUGGUUUCUGGUACCUAUGGAACAGACCAUUGUUUUGCUCUUUCUUCUGGUGUUCGGAAGGAGAUCGGUACAGCAAUGUACAAAACAAGAAAUACCAUCCCUACAUCCUUCCAUGGCAAUUGGAGGGAUGUAUACAAGAAACCCGGGUCGUUCAAGGCCGUCGAUUGGGCAGACUUUCUUCUGUUCGUCGUCCCUACGCUGGUGGCAGAGCGUAUUGGAGAUGCAACUGCCCGGAACACGUUACUUGGCUUGGUUCAAGCAUGUAACCUACUCAUGAGCUGGGAGUUAUCAGCAGAGGAACAAACCUCUAUCAAAAGUGGAAAAAUCAAAAUCAAUAUUUUCACUAUAAACCAGCAUCUUCUUCAGCACUAUCCUCUCAUGAUUGACGCAUAUGGCCCACCUCGUGCAUAUAGCGCCAGAUCCGUGGAACAGGCAAUCGGUGAAUACUCAAGGGCUAUCAAGAGUAAUUCUGCUAUAAAUGUUAACGCUGGCAAUAUCAUGCUUGGCUUAGCACAAAUACGACAAGCAGAGGCUGGAGCCACUGUCAUGAUUACAGAAGCAAGAACAGCACGACACUUACAAUAUGAAGAUUCCACUGCUGGUUGGCUGUUGACAGAUGAGGGUGAGCGUGUUGGUGCUAGGUCUGAUAUUGAGUUCUGGGGGCCUUUGAGGAAUAGAACGAUCCGAGAUAGUUUUGAAGGCAUUUCUUGUCUUUCGAAACUUCUUGAAGACUUCUACAAAUCAAAGGGGGAAGAGUGUAGUAUGAUUGAAGCAGCUAUACAAACUAGCCGCAAGGCAUUUGUCAAUGGUUGUGUGAUUGACUCUGCACUCGACCAAAAUUGUAUUCAGGUUGAUGAAAACCGCAACAUAAAUUCUGCAUACUCCCCGGUUUACAAGGAUUUCUUCGGAAAAGUUGUUGUCUUCUUUGAGCACAAGCUCAACAAGAAGAGGUGGCCACUUACUCUUGUAGAGAUUGCGGCAGUCCGUUUGGUAAAUGGUAUACCAGUUGUUAACAAUGGGCAAAUGAAGCCAAAGGUAGUUCACCUGGCAGAUGUCAAAGAAUUGGUUGGUUUAGUGAAGUCGGACGCGACUAUAAAUACAACAACAACAACAACAACAACAUACAUAGUGUGGCCAGAGCUUAACCGCGGCCCAAAAUUGUCACUUGGUUCUCUUGCAGACCUAUAA